UGAAACGGAAAAAUUGAUCGCUGAGAUGCUUUCCGAGGUACUCGCUAUGCAACCAAACGCCAUCCCCAUCGAUGCAGACCUCUUCUCGCUCGGGUUGCAUUCGUUUAGUGCUGCCAAACUCGUCUCCAGGUUAUGUGACAAGUUCAAAAUACCAAAGUUCCCCAUUAAAGUCAUAUACGACUCGCCCACCGUUAUUGAUCUUGCUACAGUGAUAGAUGGUCACGAUGGAGAGACCACGUCGAGUUUGUUAAGCUAUAGCGAGGACUUUGAGAAAAUAUGUAAGGCCCUGCCUACAUCGUUCCCCCCAAGGCGACAACUCAAGGCCAAACGCACAUAUUUUCUCACUGGCGCGACAGGAUUUACCGGCCUCUUCAUUCUCCGUGACCUAAUGCUCCGGCGUGAGUAUGAUGUUGCAAAGGUGAUUUGUCUUGUGCGGGGUUCUUCUGUGGUGGCAUGCACGCAGCGUUUAUUCGCAAGUGCUGCGGAAUACGGAAUCGACACGAGCAGCUGGAUAGUGGAGGGCUCAGAAUCUAACCUGGAGGUGCUCCAGGGUGAUCUCGGCCUUGAUCACUUUGGGCUGGACGACUCAAUCUGGAAACGCAUGACUGACGAAAUUGAUAUUUUCCUGGCGAAUGGUGCAUUGGUUAAUCUUGCUUUGGAUUAUUCCUCCAUUAGGGCACCAAACGUUGGUGGUUGUCUAACUGCGAUACGAAUGUGCACCACAAAGCAUUUGAAAGCUCUGACAUUUGUCUCCAGCAUGGGUGUAUAUAAUACAGCUGUAUACAAAGCACGUAGUGCCGCUGGUCUCCCUAUCCUUGAAGACGACGAUCUCGAGGAUGCUCGCACUGGUCUUACGAUUGGUUACCUGCAGUCCAAAUGGGUUUCAGAGAAGAUCAUCAUGUGGAUGGCUAACCUGGGUAUGCCAUGUAAUAUUGUCAGACCUUGCCACAUCAGUGGAGAUUCAACUACUGGCGCUGUUAGCAACGAUGAUUAUUUCUGGAGAUAUACUCUUGGAUUCAUGGAGAUGGGUUUGUUCCCCAAUAAAAAUACUGCGCUACAAUGGGUUACCGUCAAUUAUACGGCAGCUGUUUGCAUAGCUGCUGCUGUAGCUGCGGCAACUGGGUCCUCUCAAGAAUUUUCUGAGGUGGUUUACAACGUGGUGCCAUCAAGCUCGAUGAGCUGGACCGAGUACUUGCAGGUGCUUCAAUAUUAUGGUUACGACUUGAAGUUGGUACCAAUCGACACCUUCUGCAAACACCUUUCUUCAAACGAAGUGGAGCUCAGUCAAGAUGUACUACAAUUCCGGGAUUACUACCAUGCAGACAUGUCGGAAGAUGAUCCGCCUCCGAAAUGUGACGGAAGGAACGCUCAGUUUCUCCUUACUAGACAUCAUCCAUGGGAGCGUGAUAUCAUGCCACUUCAGCGAAGCCUUGAUGAUGAGACGAUUGGACGGUGUAUUGCCUAUAUGGUGGCCAUUGGAUUCAUGCCCCCACCGAGCGUGUAUGAGCCCAGUAGGUCCGACGAGAACAAACGCAAACUUCCUAGUAUAUGUGUAGCCCCUCGUAAUGGCUCGACUGUUCCUCGCAGAAGUGUGAUUCUGCGAUAAACCAACACUGUGAUGAAAGAUACUGGUAUAGAGUGUGUUUGGACAUGGAACAAGCUUAGAUUUUUCGAAAAUAAUUAAUAAUUGAGCUACAAUGUAUGCAUUUAGAUCAUGGUGUAGAUGAUAAAGGGUG